CCCUCUCUCAACUCGGACUCUCUCUCGAUUCCUUGAAAUAGUCGGAGCCUUUUCGAAGAAAGAGUUCGACCGCGAUAUCAAAUUGAUGUGUUUUUCUUGUUGUUGACUGGUUGUAUGAGCAUGAUCCCAUAAUUGACGGGACGGUUGGUCAUACUUAAUUUUACACAUUCGACCAUCACUAUAGCUGUGACUGUUGUUCUUUGGAAACUUGUACGGAGAUGAGUUUUGUGUUUCGAGGUAGUAGACCAGAUAUAGAAACUGGAUUUUCAGAAUUUAUUCCCGAGCGCCGUGCUGUGCGUUUUCAUGCAGCGCGACCGGUUAAGUCUAACUCACUAGCAUUUCUUGUCACGGUUCUCCUGCUGUUCAUGAUGCUCAACUCCAACCAGAUGUCACCGAAUUUUUUGCUCUGGCUCGUCCUUGGUGUCUUCUUGAUGGCAACAACCCUUAGGAUGUAUGCGACUUGUCAACAACUUCAAGCUCAGGCCCAGGUCCACGCUGCAGCUGCCAAUAGCCUACUUGGUCAUACUGAAUUGCGGUUGCACAUGCCACCAUCCAUAGCACUUGCAACAAGAGGACGUUUGCAAGGCCUUAGGCUUCAGCUUGCUCUUCUGGACCGGGAGUUUGAUGAAUUAGACUAUGAAACUUUGAGAGUACUGGAUACUGAUAAUGUUCCAUCAGUUCCAUCAAUGAGUGAAGAAGAGAUCAAUGCUCUUCCCGUCCACAAAUACAAGGUUACUGGUCUUCCAUGUGGCUCCUCUGCGGAACAUGGCUUGUCUUCAUUAUCCAUUGAGGAGAAAAAGCAAGAUGUAAGUGCUGCAGCUGGGAGCAUGAAGAGUUCAGAUGACGAGCUGAUGUGCACUGUAUGCUUGGAGCAAGUUUCAGCAGGAGAGCUCAUCCGAAGCUUGCCGUGCAUGCAUCAGUUCCAUGCAACUUGCAUUGAUCCAUGGUUGAGACAGCAGGGAACGUGUCCUGUUUGUAAAUUCAGAGUUGCAUCUGGAUGGCGUGAAAAUGGGCAAGGAAUCGACACUACAUUCAUGGUCUGAUUGGCGGCAGAGCCAACCAUAAACUGCUGAGUACCAAGUGUAAUGUAGAUGUCCCAAUACUUGUCGAUCGAAGCUUGUGCUGUCGAUGAUUUAUCAUAGGCAUUGUGAAGAAGCAGGAUUGAGUACUGUCAUUUAUGCUUUAAAUGGCAUCAGGGAGUCUUACAGUUGCUUAUAA